AUGCCGAUCGGUAAAAAUAAGACACAACCGAUUAAAAGCUUGAAAAUAGUCCUCCAACGUUCUAACGUUAAUGAUCUAUCUGCAAGCAAUACUACAAAACCUAAAAGACAAGUUAGGAGCAGAUUUCAAAAUAAGGCAGCAACAAAACAACUACCACAACAAAAGUCUAACAACAUCAACAACAUUAACAUUGUUGGUGGUGGGUCCAGAUAUGCCAGACAAGUUAAGAAAGCCAACAGCAUCGACAUCAGAAAGAACAACAUCGGCAAUACUAACAACCACAUAGACAAUGAAAGCAUCAAUAAUAAUGCUGAUAAUAUUUUUUACAAUUACAACGAUGAUUGCAUCAAUGACAACAACAUCAUUAAUAAUAACAACAACAACAACAUAAAUUUAUUAGCAUCUAAAAUUUCAACCCUAUCAACCACCAUAACAUCGGCAAAACUUGCUUCAGCACAUCCAACAACUUCAUCAACAACAACAGCCACAACAUUAACGUCAUCAUCAUUACCUACUAAAUGUACUAUCCCAAUUAGAUUUGUCAUUAGCGACGACGAUGAUGAAGAUGAGCUUAUUGAUGAUGAGUUUGAGGUUGCAGCUGAUGAUAAUAAAAAAAAUAUUAUUAAUCUUAACAACAACAAAACUACUAAUGAUUAUGAUUCAUCAGCUACAUUAACAGCACCAAGUUCAAUGACAUCAACACCGGCAAUAUUUGCAACUGCUACUACUGCUGCUGCUACUACUACUACUACUGCUACUACUACUACUACUACUACUACUACUACCAUUACUACUACUGCUUCAAUAAAUACCAUUAGCACUCAUAUACCUUCAUCAUCGUCGUCGUCGUCGUCAUCAGCAACAACAUCUGCAUUGCAGGCAGCAAAUGUUCUUGAUAAAUGCCUCAAAAAUGGGAGUGCUCAUUUGUAUGAGCACAUGAAAAAUAUGAAUAAUUAUAAUAAUGAUAAUAAUGAGAAAGUUGAGCAUAUAUGUCACCAUGAUGACGAUAACGAUGAUGAUGAUAACAAUAGUGAAGAUGAUGAUGAGUAUGAAAGCAAUUUAUUAUUUGAUGUAGCCAAAUAUCAGGUUAAAAGUGAAGAAGAUUUAAACUCAGGUAGAUUGGAGAUGUGCUGUAUUAAUAAAUCGUCCUGUCUCAUCACUGGCUUAUGUCCCGUUCUCAAGCUCGAUCUUUCAUUAUUUUCAAGCGAAACACUGAUCAAGACCCACCCGGACCAUCAGCUGGAGAUCAGGAUUCAGAAGUACCCAGUACACAAAUCCAACAACAAUAAUAAUAAUAAUAAAAAAAAUAAUAUUAAUAAUAAAAAUAGUAAUAAUAAUAAAGUUCGAAACGCCAAUGACAACGUGUUCAGUAAUUAUGAUAUCUCACAGCCUGAUGAUUUGCUGGCCGCUAAGUUUAAUACUGCUACCCCUACCGCCCUCAAUGCUUAUAAAAGUACUAACAUUAAGAAUAAUAAUGCAAAUAUCGAUAGUAAUAGUGAUAAUGUCCUUAGCACCGAUGAAAAUGUCGAUAUUUUGGAUGCUGAUGAUAAAGCUUCUGCCGCUACUAAAGCUGCUGCUUCUACCACAAAUACUAUUUCUACUACUAUUGCUACUCCUUCUACUACUAUUGCUUACAGUAAUAAUAAUAAUAAUACUCAUGUUAAUAUUUCUAGUACUGCUAAUAAAAUUGGCGUUAGAAAUGUUAGUAGCAAAAAAGCAAUUGCAGCAACGACAUCAACUUCAAAAACGUCAACAUGCAAAACAUCGACAACAACAACAGCACCAUGUUCUGGUACAUUCUCAAAGGUAUCUUGGUACUGGGUGAGCCGUCCUUCAACAACGACCAUCUUGAAAUACGCCAGCUACCAGGCACUCACUUAUGUACGUCACUAUCACAAGUCUCUGAAGCAUAGUAGGUAUAUACAGUUUGGCACGAACGUUGACCUAUCCAACAGGUGCAUGUGGAGUAAGCAGUUGAAUGAACUGCAGAGGCUGCCCGCUUUUAUGAGAGUCGAUAAUUACCAUGGUAACAUGCUGAAUCAUAUUGGGCACAAGGUUCUUGGUGUUAAUACCGUUCAACUUUAUAUGAAGAUACCUGGAUGUCACCUGGAGAACAAUAACUUCUGCUCGGUGAAUUUGAACAUCGGGCCGGGCCAAUGUGAAUGGUUUUGUAUUGAGAGUAAACACUGGCAAGUCGUUCGAGAUCUCUGUGACAGCCACCAUUUAGACUUCCUGAGUGGUUCUUGGUGGCCGGACUGUCAUCAGUUACGUCACCACAACCUGCCACUGACGCACUUCACGCAGAAUCCUGGCGACGUCGUCUGGAUCGGUCCUGGUACCAUACACUGGGUCCAGGCGAACGGUUGGUGCAAUAACGUGGCGUGGAACGUCGGUCCGAUGACGACACUCCAGUACGAAUCGGCAAUGUCAAGUUACGAGCACAACGUGACAGCCUCAUUCAAGUCCAUCAUACCGAUGAUGCAACUCUCCUGGAAUCUGGCCAGGAACUCUCUGAGAAAUCUAAAAAUAGACAGCUCUGACUUGAGGAAGAUGAUAAAAGACACGAUAACGAACAGCCUACAAUACAUAACAACUACUAAAGACAAAUGCACCAGUAAAUUGAAGAAGAAAAUUAUUAGGCAAGAAAGAUUGGCCGAUGACUUGGCUCACUAUUGCGACACUUGUCAGGUUGCUAGCGUUGAUGAGGACGAUGCUGUUGUUGUUGAUGGUGGUGGUCAGUGUGAAGUCUUUGAUAUUUUGUUCGUCAGCAAAAACGUCGUCUACUGCUUCAAAUGCUCCCUCAAAUCCGAUCCAACCCUCAAUGAGUACCACGUGCUCGAGGAGUACGAAUUGACUGAGCUCAUUAAUAUUCAUAAGUCAUUUUUAUGUUAA